AGCCUCCUGGUCUUCUGCACUGCCAUGUUGGAGGCUCCGGGACCAGGUGAUGGCUUCGAGCGUGGGACCCCGGGCACCAGCGGGGCCGACUGCGCUGGGCCAAUGCUCCAGGUGCGGCCCGGGCUGUAUCUGGGCGGGGCAGCGGCCGUCGCGGAGCCCGGUCGCCUGCGGGAGGCCGGCAUCACCGCCGUGCUGACCGUGGACGCGGAGCCCGGUUUCCCAGCGGGGGCUGGGUUCGAGGGUUUCCGCCGCCUCUUCGUACCGGCGCUGGAUAAGCCUGAGACCGACCUGCUCAGCCACCUGGAUCGGUGCGUGGCCUUCAUCGGCCAGGCUCGCGCCGAGGGCCGUGCGGUGUUGGUGCACUGUCAUGCAGGAGUCAGUCGAAGUGUAGCUGUCAUGACUGCGUUUAUGAUGAAGACUGACCAACUUACCUUUGAAAAAGCCUAUGAAAACCUCCAGACUAUUAAACCAGAAGCUAAGAUGAAUGAGGGGUUUGAGUGGCAGCUGAAAUUAUACCAGGCUAUGGGAUAUGAAGUGGAUACCUCUAGUGCAAUUUAUAAGCAAUAUCGUUUACAAAAGGUUACAGAGAAGUAUCCAGAAUUGCAGAAUUUACCUCAAGAACUUUUUGCUGUUGACCCAACCACCAUUUCACAAGGAUUAAAAGAUGAAGUUCUCUAUAAAUGUAGAAAGUGCAGGCGAUCUUUAUUUCGAAGUUCAAGUAUUCUGGAUCAUAAUGAAGGAAGUGGACCUAUAGCCUUUGCCCAUAAGAGAAUGACACCAUCUUUCGUGCUUACCACAGGGAGUCAGGCUCAGUGUACAUCUUAUUUCAUUGAACCUGUACAGUGGAUGGAAUCUACUUUGUUGGGAGUAUUAGAUGGACAGCUUCUUUGCCCAAAAUGCAGUGCUAAAUUGGGUUCCUUCAACUGGUAUGGUGAACAGUGCUCAUGCGGCAGAUGGAUAACUCCUGCAUUCCAAAUACACAAGAACAGAGUGGAUGAAAUGAAAACGCUGCCAGUUUUGGGAUCACAAAUAAGAAAAGUUUGAACUGUGACAUUUGGUGACUUGGAAAGAAACUUGUUGAUUUGUUUAUUAUUCAUGGCAGACAAUCUAGUUUUUAGGCCAGCAUUUCAUUUGGAAUGUGAGAAGACAAAAAUCUCUUGAUGUGGAAUGGAAUCUAUGCUUUAUUUAGCUUAUUACAAUGUUGGUAGAACACUUCACAUGGCAGUCAAAGCUUUGGAUCAUGUUUUGUUUGACUUGAUAUUAAAGUCUUUUAUAAUCCAGA